AACUGUGUGAAAGGUUACGAUUUCGUGGAUCUGUUUGUGUCGAAUGAUUAUAAAGCACCGUUAAGACUCGGAUGUUCAGAUGGUGGGAAGAAGCGGGCGUUCUAAAGGGUGCGCGAGUUGUCGAAAGCGACACCUAAAAUGUGACGAAGCGAGACCCACUUGCGAACGAUGCAGACGUGACCGGUUCUCCUGUGACGGCUACACGGCCAUUAGCUUUGUUAAUGAGUACAAUCGACUCGACAAGCCGAACUCGACUAAGGUUCUUGCGGCAAGGCAGACACCUACCUUUCCCCCUGUCUCGUACAACCUACAGCCCGUUCGCAGCGAGCAGUGUCUCAACUUCCUACGGUACCUGUUCUCUCCGACCCAGUCAGAGCCCUAUACGGGCGAUUGGCCCGGCUUUCACGCGGCCAAAGAUUAUUCAACCCUGUCUUAUCAAUGUCUCGAUUCGCUGGCAAAGUCGUACUUUGGCCGAGCGCAAGCUUCGCGCGAGGUGCUUCAAGAUGGCCUACUUGUUUAUGUGCGCUCUUUGAAAGCGUUGAACCAGCGCCUGGCCGAUCGUGUUCAGAUGGUUGAGGACGACACGUUGGGGUCAAUUUUCAUUUUGAGUGUCUACGAGAUGCUCGUUCUCUCAACAAGCAAGGGGUGGGUUAGUCAUAUCCUCGGCUUGGCCAGCAUUAUGCAGAUUCGAGGGCCACAGGAUUUCCAAACGGGUUUUCAACGUCUGGUACUGGACAACGCUCGGAUUCUAAUCAUCUUGGCAUCGCUGGCUGUGUCGAAGGGAACCUUUUUAGCACAGUCGGAAUGGAAGAUUAUCCCAUGGAUGCAAUCAAGACCAAUGGAUCCCAUGCAGGGGUUGAUCGAAAUCAUGACCAACCUUCCAGGGCUGAAAGAGAUGCAACAUGAACGUAACGAUCCGUUAGAAUGCUAUUCCUUGGCAAAGCAGGUGCUAUCAGAGCUGCUCACCUGGCGCAAGUGGUGGAACUCCACUCCCAUGUCAGAAACACUUAUUGUCCAUUCGUCGGAACAAGACCCGUUCUGGUCGGAGGUCUUUGAAACAAGCCUUUACUACCACUCAAUACAUGCUGCAAACUGCACAUGUCUAUACGAUGGCGCGGUGAUCCAAACUGUCGAGAUCCUUACUGCGACCAGCAUAACAUCCUCAGCAUUUGACUUUGAUGACCUCCUAAGGGAUGCCGCCAUGGAAAUUUGUCACAGCCUCUCAUACUUGCUUAGUCAGAGAAAUUUUGCCCGAGGCCACUUCAUGGCGCUGUUCCCCAUGCGUAUGGCGUGGAAAGCCCUGGGAGGCGGUGCAACCAGCCAAGGGCGAUGGAUUGAACAGGUUCUUCAGAAAGUUGAAGUGCACAAGCAGAGUUGGGGAAUCACCAGUCAGACAAUCACAUACCCAAGCUACUGAGCUAGGCCUCUUAACCGACUCUUGUGGCGAGCACGAAAUAAGUACCGGGCCUAUUUCCGAAUAAUGGGAAAAGGAGCGAGUAAAACGACUAGGGAAGGUGCGGCAGUAGGCGCCGACUCCCAACAGCUCUUGCUUGACUGCUGAUCUCCUCAGAUACUGGUCAAUAUCUGCGACAGGCCUAUAUCAUUGGGUGGCAAGCCGAGCUAUUAAGGUAUUAGAAAGAUCGACGAUUUUUGAUCCUCUGUAGUUCUCAAUUCUGACGUCAUCACCAGGCCAAAACCUGGCAGCUUUUGGAAUGUCGAAUAUUCGAAAAGAUAGCACGGAUAUGAGAGUGAUCAGUUGACAUUGGUAGAUAGUUUUUGAC